AUGUCCAGGAUUUUAUUCCUGCCGACGAUAUUCGUCACAGCCAGUGCGGCCAUAUGGAUUAUGAUCACAUCUGCGCCGGAUUGGCAUUCCGAUCAAGGCAAGUCAUCAUUAUUUAUACAUAUUGAACAUGCUAGUGUACUGUAAGAAAAACUGAAAAGAUGACAAGUUAAAAAAUAAUAAUGUAAGCAAUAUCCGCUCUCAGCCUUUUUACCCAAUUAUUUACAUAAAGAAUUGAGAUUUACAAAGUUUUUUACACCUCUGACUUGUCAUUCCUCUGCAAAUUCAAUUAAUUUAGUGUUUAAUUAAUUUGUUUUCAGCUGGAUUCGAGAUUCCAAAACAGUUUGACAACUUUACAACAGUUGUGGAAAAGUUCAAAAAGUAUCAUGACCAGCAUUACAUCUACAUUACCAUUUUGUUUUGCUCGGUUUAUCUUUACAAACAAACUUUUGCGAUUCCCGGGUCAUUUCUGCUGGUAAGUGGCGGGGUGGGGUUUGAAACAUGCUUCCUUUUGUAAAACUGACAACAAUUAGCACGGAUUGUUAUUACGAUUUCAUAUAAAAAAUAUGUAAGAGUGUAAAGUCAGAAAUUUAAGGGAAAUUGAUUUUUUUUAAAUUUUUUUAUUAACAAAGAUUCGGGUAACUGAUAAAAAAUUCACACUGUUGGGCGGUUCAGUUUUGAGGUAACUGUAAAAUUCAAAAACCUCAUUUAUUUACUGGUAAUUAACUAACGUAAGAAAAAAUUAGGUUAAAUUAUUAAUGAGAGAUAUCCAAUACAGCAUUCCUCAUGGUUAAAAUCUACAAAAAUUUUAGCAGAUUACGUCAUAGCCAGUAACCAACAAGUUUUCUCUGACAGUUACUCUUCAUUUGCAUGGCUGAUUAUUCAUCAUUGUAUCGCAAGCACUCCUAUCUAAAUCUAAUUGUAAUCAUUUUUAGAACGUGAUCGCGGGCGCCGUAUUCGAUAUGGGCGUUGGUUUUAUGUUGGUGUGUGUGCUGACCACGAUGGGAUCGACCUUCUGUUACCUGUUUUCGGAGCUGUGUUUUGGCCGAGAGAACGCGUAUUAUUAUUUUGGCCAACGAAUGAAAUUCCUGCAACAAAAGGUGGAGGAUAAUUCGCAUGGUCUUGUUCUGUAUUUGCUGUUCGCUCGGAUGUUUCCCAUCUCUCCCAGCUGGCUUCUAAAUGUUGUAGCGCCCUUUUUGAACAUCCCCAUACCUACCUUUGCAUUCACGGCUUUCGUUGGUGAGUUUCGGGCAUCAGAAAUGUAAUACACUUAAGGCGUUGAAUGUGCACCAAAUGGCAUGACUGUUUUAAAAUAUUUAGUAGGACCUAAUCCUCGUUUUUUCAGGCCUGGCCCCUUACAAUUUCAUCUGUGUCCAAGCCGGAUCCAUUAUUUCGGAUCUGAAGAGUUGGGACGAUGUAAUGUCCACUUCCACCAUGCUCAAACUCUCCUCUCUAGCCUUGCUUCCUCUCUUUUUACUGUUUUUUGUUAAACCUCGAAGCAAAAGGGUGAGUUCUCACUCUAAACAAACAAAAUUUAUAUUAUACAUGGUGCUGAUCCCUAAUUUUAAUCUUAUUUUAGGUGAUUACUAUUCAACCUCGUCUCGGCUACACCCACAUCGUAUAA